AUGCUCAGGAUAGUUUGGGAUGCUCCUCAGCAGUUGCUAAAGGAGAGGAGAGAAUCCCGGAAGCUGGUACUGGUGGUGGUGUUUGUUGCUCUGCUCCUGGACAACAUGCUACUUACUGUAGUGGUGCCCAUUAUACCCAACUUCCUAUAUGCCACAGAGUUCAAAGAAAUCAACACUCCUCUGCACCUUGGCACCACCACAGUUUCCCAGCAUGUCCUUACUCCUCGUGCCUUUUCCACAAUCUUCUCCUUCUUUGGAAAUGACACCAUGGCUAUUAAAGAAAGUGCACCCAGUGGCACAGCAUGGACAGAUCGCACUUCUGGUACCAUCCCUCCUCUAGUCACUGAAGCCAUCCCAGCACAACAAAACAACUGCUUGCAAGGCACAGAGUUUUUGGAGGAAGAGAACAUACGGGUUGGGGUUCUGUUUGCUUCAAAGGCUCUGAUGCAACUUCUGGUCAACCCAUUCGUGGGACCUUUCAUCAACAGGAUUGGAUAUCACAUCCCCAUGUUUGUUGGCUUUGUUAUCCUGUUUCUCUCCACAGUUAUGUUUGCUUUUUCUGGUACCUAUACCCUACUUUUUGUGGCUCGAACCCUUCAAGGCAUUGGAUCCUCAUUUUCUUCUGUUGCAGGUCUUGGGAUGCUGGCAAGUGUCUACACUGAUGACUAUGAGAGAGGGCAUGCCAUGGGAAUUGCCUUGGGGGGCCUGGCUUUGGGAGUGCUGAUGGGAGCUCCUUUUGGAAGUUUGAUGUAUGUGUUUGUUGGGCGGUCUUCACCCUUCCUUAUAUUGGCCUUUCUGGCACUACUAAAUGGAGCACUCCAGCUGUGUAUCCUACAGCCUUCCAAAGUCUCUCCUGAGAGUGCCAAGGGGACUCCACUCCUUACACUUCUCAAAGACCCUUAUAUCCUGGUGGCUGCAGGCUCCCUCUGCUUUGCUAACAUGGGAGUGGCCAUGCUGGAGCCCACACUGCCCAUCUGGAUGAUGCAGACCAUGUGUUCCCCUGAGUGGCAGUUAGGUCUAGCUUUUUUGCCUGCCAGUGUGUCCUACCUCAUUGGCACCAACCUCUUUGGUGUGUUGGCAAACAAGAUGGGUCGGUGGCUCUGCUCCAUGAUUGGGAUGAUGGUUAUAGGUACCAGCUUGCUUUGUGUUCCUCUGGCUUAUAAUAUUUUUGGUCUCAUUGGCCCCAAUGCAGGACUUGGCUUUUCCAUAGGUAUGGUGGAUUCCUCUGUGAUGCCCAUCAUGGGACACCUGGUGGACCUGCGUCAUACCUCGGUGUAUGGGAGUGUCUAUGCCAUAGCUGAUGUAGCUUUUUGCAUGGGUUUUGCUAUAGGCCCAUCCACCGGGGGAGCCAUUGUGCAUGCCAUUGGCUUCCCCUGGCUUAUGGUCAUCAUUGGGGUCAUCAACAUCAUGUAUGCUCCUCUCUGUUACUACCUGAGAAGCCCCCCAGCCAAGGAGGAAAAGCUGGCAAUUCUGAGCCAGGACUGCCCCAUGGAGACCUGGAUAUGUGCAACUCAGAAGCCCACAAGGGAAUUUCCUCUGGGAGAAGACAGUGACGAGGAGCCUGGCAGUAAGCAGUAG